AUGAACGCUUCAACGCCCCAUACCGAGGAGCAGCAAGAAAGGAGCAGCAAGGAGGAUGACAAAUCCAAUCCUCCCGUCGCAAACAGAACUCCCCCCUCGACAUCAGUUUUGUUGGAUCCCACUGAUCUAUGGGUUGGCUGGAUCUUUCCCUUUCUGGGCAUGGGGCACUAUGCCUUUGUCGGUGCAGUCAACAAAACAAUGAAUAAACUGUACAAGGAAUACUGCAGUCAAGAAAAGAAUCCUCCCAAAGUGGUACUAACUCCCCGUCUCGCGUAUCGCCGCGCCACCAGCACCGAUACCCUGUCUCAUGUAGCGUUGUAUUCUGUUGAUUGUGCCGAGUACUGGCUGCAGCAUCAUGACGGUAAGAGCAACAUCAACACUCCGGCAUUUCGUUCUGCCUGCAAAGAAAUUGCCAAACGGGGAAAUCUUGCGGUUCUACAAUGGGCCCACCGCAAAAGAUUCCCAUUGGACACUUCCAUUUGCGUCGCGGCUGCCACGAGUGGGCACUUGUGCAUUGUGAAGUGGUGUCGCUAUCAUGGGAUCUUCCCCCCUGGCAGCAUCUGUGCGGCAGCUGCCAGAGGUGGUCAUUUGGCUGUCCUUCAGUGGGCUCGAAAGCGUGGUGGCUGCAAAUGGGGUCCAGAAAUCUGUUGCGAUGCCGCCAGAGGGGGCCACUUGCAUGUCCUUCAAUGGGCCCGAGCCAAUGGUUGUCCUUGGGAUGCGCUAACUUGUGCCGGGGCUGCUGGAGGUGGCCAUUUGGGAAUCUUGAAAUGGGCCAGAGACAAUGGAUGUCCAUGGUCUUCUCGAACCUGUGCGGCGGCGGCUCAAUUUGGACACCUAGAAGUGCUACAGUGGGCCAGAGACAAUGGAUGCCCUUGGGAUGGGCUGACACUUUGUGUAGCAAAAUACAGAGGGCAUGCAAACAUCUUGCAGUGGGCAAGAGAAAAUGGAUGUCCAGAGCAUUUUGGUGAAUAG